AUGGCUGUUGAGAACUGCACCGUGAUUACUGACUUCCUACUCCUAGGACUCUCUGGCAGAAAGGAUGUGCAACAGGGGCUCUUUGUGCUCUUUCUUCUGGUUUAUGGGAUAACCGUAAUUGCCAAUUUAGGGAUGAUCCUGCUGAUCAAGCUUGACGCCAGGCUCCACACGCCCAUGUAUUAUUUCCUGAGCAAUCUGUCUUUCUGCGAUGUCUGCUACUCCUCCACUGUCUCUCCCAAGAUGCUGGUUGACUUCUUAUCUGAGCAAAAGAGGAUUCCAUAUAAUUUAUGUGCAAUUCAGAUGUAUUUUUUCGGGGUCUUUGCCGAUGUGGAAUGUCUCAUGUUGGCUGUCAUGGCUUAUGACCGGUAUGUCGCCAUUUGUAAUCCACUUCUUUACACAAUCGCCAUGUCUAGGAAAAUCUGCAUCCAGCUCGUGUCCCUUGCCUACUUUGUGGGCUUAGUGGAUUCAGCAAUCCACACCUGCUGCACCUUCCGACUGUCAUUCUGCAAUUCCAAUAUCAUCAACCACUUUUUCUGUGACAUCCCACCCUUGCUAGCCCUCUCCUCUUCAGAUACAUCCAUCAACGAGAUAGUGAUGUUCACUUUCAUUGGUUGUGUGGUGGGGUGCAGCAUCAUUACUGUUCUCCUCUCCUACAGCUACAUCAUUGCUACCAUCCUGAGAAUGAACUCAGCUGAGGGGAGACGCAAAGCCUUCUCUACAUGCGCCUCCCACUUGACCGCAGUGGCUAUAUUCCACGGCACACUCCUGUUCAUGUAUUUCCGACCCAGCUCCAGUUACUCCAUGGACACAGACAAAAUGUCCUCUGUCUUCUACACGGUGGUCAUUCCUAUGUUAAACCCACUCAUCUACAGUUUAAGGAAUAAGGAUGUGAAAGGUGCCCUGAAAAAAGCAAUCAGCACCAAAUUGUGUUCUGGGUGAAGCUGUAUUUUUCACCCAAUGGUAAUUAUUUAAAGACUUUGUGAACUAAACCCGAGGUCUUUUGACAUAUUUUCCUGUA